CGGCUUCUUUAGCCCAGCCUUACCUAUGCCCAAAAUCGUACUAUUACACUUUAAUAAAACUAACCUCUACAACGGGGACAUUAUAAAACAUCCCACCUCAUCGACAACCCCGUCGCGUGUGAACCCCGCGACGUUGCGAGCUUCGUAUCAGCACUCCGAGCUCAACGAAGACAAUAUCGACAACCCUACGAUAACGCGAUCCCCCACUCGGAAACAGGUCACGCCAGGUGCGCCUACCAAACCCAACAACAACCCCCCCGCCGACAACGGCAACAAUUACAAGGAGUCCCUUUACCUCUCCAAUAAAGACGACAAUACUAGAAAUAAUUCCAUCGACGACCUUGCCUAUAAGGACUCCCCCUCGCCCUCGGCGUCUCGCACGAAGAAGACGCCCCCCAACGCAACACCAAAUCAAUCUAACAAACAAACUUACCUAUCCCCCGGCCCUCGCCUCAAACAAGUCAAGUUUGCCGCCGACGCCGAAGCAGUCCUCAAUCGCCGCAAAGACCAACUUGACAAUACUCGUCUACGUCGCGUGUCUAUCAAAGCUAUAGGCCUGGCAACUAAACUCUCACCUCCGGACGAAGACGCCCCGUCAAAGACCAUCGGUCGAGACCCCAAGUACCACAUCGAGCCUAACCUCAACUACCCCCCAUCAGGCCACUAUUCGAUCCAAGACCUCAAGUAUAUCUAUAUACGCGAUAUUCACCCCCACAUCGAAAACUUUAAGUAUAAAGAAGUAAUGAGCGGUAUUUGGGAUGACACUUUCGACAAUCAAAAGGCCGGAACUUUGCAUUUCGAACCCGUUACAAACGCCGGUAAACACUCCAAGUUUAGCAAAUACUAUAGCACAAUAGAUAUGGACCUGUUCAAACGAAUCUUCGACAAAGACCCAAGAAACGUCGCACUAAGUAGCGGAUACCCUAGGGGAGGAACUAAUAAAAUCGAUAAUCUCACAGCUAAGUCCAACUCCCACAUCGCCUCGGUAGAACGCGAAGCGCGGAGAGCGGAAGCCAACUUCAACCGCCGUAUUAAUAACCUGGCCAGAAAGAAAAACAACCUCAACCAGCGGAAUUUAAUGGCUAUCAUCGAGCAAAUGAAGGAGGUCCCGAACAAUAAGGCUAUUCCUACUAGCACGAGCAAGGCUCCGCUCACCCCUAACGACCCCUCCCUUAAACACAUCACAGUCCGGCAGAGCAAGGCUCCUAGGACUACUCCUUACAUCCGCCCCUCAAUUAAGGAACUAGAGACUACAGUCACCGAACAAGGGUCACCUUCUCCGAAGAUCGAAAGGAAGUCGAUCCAACGCGAAGUAGAUCUAGAGACAAAGAGAGACUAA